UUGAUCCAGCCCAUGAAAGGGAGAGAUUGCACACAGAAAAAAGAAAAACAAUCACAGUCCUAACCUAUAAAAGCUGUAACCGUGUGUUCUUCCGAAGCAUGUAAGCGGUGUGGUGACUCUCGGGUUUUACAACGCAGCUUUUCAUCGUUCAGUCUAAGGCACACGCACACCAUCAAGUCAUCUUCUGGUCUGCUGAUAUCUAUGGCAUAUUACAGAGAUGAUCGAUUUGCAACAUUUGAACAGUUUUAUCGUUGUUACCCUGUCUCCUUCAUUGAGAAGCCAGAUCUGGAAAAGGGUGAUAAAAUUAUCAUGCCUCCCUCAGCCCUUGAUCGCCUUGCGUCUUUGCACAUAGAGUACCCCAUGUUAUUUCAAAUUAAAAAUCCUUCUGCUGAAAGAGUUACUCACUGUGGGGUGCUAGAAUUCGUAUCUGAUGAAGGGAUCAUAUAUAUCCCAUACUGGAUGAUGGAAAAUAUGCUCCUCCAAGAGGGAGACAUUGUAAAAGUGAAAAACACCAACCUUGCAAAAGGAACGUAUGUGAAGCUGCAGCCUCACACAAAGGAUUUUUUGGAUAUCUCCAAUCCAAAAGCCAUCUUAGAGACUACACUUAGGAGCUACUCAUGUUUAACAACUGGUGACACAAUAAUGGUUCCUUAUAACAACAAGAAGUAUUACAUUGACAUAGUUGAAACUAAACCCUCUCCUGCAGUCAGUAUAAUUGAAACAGACUGUGAAGUUGAUUUUGCUCCACCUCUUGAUUAUAAAGAACCUGAGAAACAAGCAAAACCUGUUGUAUUUGACAGGAAACGACCAAAAGUUGAAGAUGAGCCGCCAACAAAGAUUGCCCGGUUGACUCCAUUCACUGGUUCUGGAAGACGUUUGGAUGGUAAACCCUCAGCACCAUCAGUUGAACAAACAUCCUCUCCAGAGUUGAAACAGAGACAAACUGACAAAGAAAUCAAGGGUUCUGAUUCUAAGUCAUCAAAUACCGUGUCUCGUAGACAUUCAGGAAAGCUUGUGUUUGGGUCAAAUGCAACUACAUCUGACAUUCAAACAACACCUAAGGUUUCUCAAGAAAACACCAGUCAAGAGAAAUCUCAGAAGGAAGAAGAGCCAAAAUUCAAAGCCUUCACGGGAAAGAAGUAUUCAUUAAAAAGUUGAUCCUUGAUGGGCUAUUUUUGUGUUGUUUUUUCUUUUGAUUUACGGAAUAUUAGUUGAGACAACAUUGGUUGGAUCUUAAUCCAUAUUCCACUCUUGCAUAUUCAUGUUUUUUUUAUGUCAUAUAUAUUCGUUAGAUUUACCUCGGGAAACAAAAAUUUAUCACUUUUGACAGUCCAAGGAAUACCUUAGUCCAAGAUUACAACUACAAGAUCAUAUAGAAUUUUCAAGAGGAUGAUUGGAGUCUUGUUUGAUUUAUUUUCCAUGUUUCAGUGUCAUCUUUGCAGCUACAUUAACCAGUUUCCUGCCACUGGCAGUUGGUGUGGACUUAAAAUCAGGCCGUAUUUGUAAUUCUCUACAAGUCAUUUAUUUUUUUGAUGUAAUUGGAAAUCAUUCCUUAAAUCUUUUGUACGA